CGGGGGCGGACGGCGGCGCGGGGGAGUGCGAGCGACAGGAACCAUGGUGAACGUGUGGCAGCCACCUAAUCUCUACGAGCUGUGUCCGGCGUACACGAAUCUCACAGCGUGUACCCCUUUCGCGUUGAUGUACCUAGACUUGCUGGUGAAGCUGUUUGGCUCAGCGUCGGACGAUGCACCUGACCCAUUGGACGGAGAAACGUACGACUUCAUCGUGGUAGGCGCCGGCGCAGCAGGUUCUGUGGUGGCCAACAGGCUCAGCGCCAUCGAAGAAUGGAAGGUCCUACUCCUAGAAGCUGGUCCCGAAGAACCAGAGAUCACGUCGGUGCCUGGUCUGUCCACAGCUCUCCUCAACUCCAACAUCGAUUGGCAGUUCAAGACCAUGCCCAGUGACUACUCCUGUUUAGCCUUUGAGAAUCAGCAGUGCAGAUGGCCCAGGGGUAAAAUGAUGGGCGGCUCCAGUUCCAUCAACUCUUUCGUGUAUAUUCGCGGGAACAGACUAGACUACGACGGAUGGGCGCGGCGUGGGAACACAGGAUGGAGCUACGAGGAGGUAUUACCAUAUUUCAAGAAAUCAGAAAGGAAUCUGAAUAUCGAAGGGCUCAAUCGAAUAUACCACGGUGUGCACGGAGAGCAGGCUGUCUCCAGGUUUCCUUACGUAGACGACCCUUCCAUCAUGAUCACUGAGGCCUUCGCCGAGAGGGGGUUACCCCUGAACGACUACAAUGCCGCCAUCCAGUACGGAACCAUGCAGGCCCAAGCCAUCUCCGAGGAGGGCCAGAGAGCAUCCACCAACAGGGAGUUCAUCAAACCCAUCAGAUACAAAAGGAACAAUCUCAGCAUCAGAACAGAAGCCGAAGUUAUCAAAAUACUGUUCGAUGAACAGAAAAAAGCUUCAGGUGUCCAAUUUAUAAAAGACGGUCUCAUAUACACGGCUUACGCAACGAAAGAAGUUAUAGUCAGCGGCGGAGCUAUUAAUUCUCCACAAAUUUUAAUGCUUUCCGGAAUCGGGCCUAAAGAACAUUUAGAAGAUUUGGACAUACCAGUGAUAGCUGAUUUACCGGUUGGUGAAAAUCUACAUGAUCACGUAACUUUUAAUGGACUUGUUGUAGCAUUGUCAAAGGAAAGUGCUACAACUGUCAGUCAGGAUGAGAUGAUUCAGGACAUAUAUGACUACAAGGAGAUGGAAGUCAAAAGAGGCCCUCUAUCUGGCAAUGGUCCAGUCAACAGUGUGUCUUUUUAUGUAACACAAUUCGGCUUGCCAGCUCCCGACAUCCAAGUACAAGUAGAUAGUGUAAGCUGGAAAGAAUAUAUUAGUGAGCCGUCAGUUUAUGAUGGUCUAACUAUCUUCCCGACUGCGUUCUAUGAUGGAGUGAUUCCAAGAGUGAUGAACCUUGUCCCGAAGAGUAGAGGCCGCUUGCUGCUGAACGCUAGUGAUCCUUACGGACAUCCGUUGAUUUGGUCCGGAUAUUUGACAGAUCCGAGUGACGUAGAAGUGCUAAUAAGGGGUGUGAAAGAGGUUUUGUCUUUGGAAAGUAGUCACGCUUUUAGGUCUAGAGGUGCUCGCUUCGUUAGGGAGCCGUUGAAAGCAUGUCAGCAGUUUUCUUGGGGGACUGACGCGUAUUUCGAGUGUUUGGCGAGGUCAUAUACAUCUAGCCCUUACCACCCUGUGGGGUCAUGUAAGAUGGGUCCGGGGGAUGACCCCACAGCGGUGGUGGACCCCAGGUUGCGGGUGUACGGGGUGUCGGGGUUGAGAGUGAUAGAUGCGUCGAUAAUGCCGCAGGUGGUGAGGGGCAACACGAAUGUUCCUUCGAUUAUGAUCGGCGAGCGAGGAGUGGCUUUCGUUUUGGAAGAUUGGAAACGUAAAUCUGAGCAGAAUGUAUAAAGUUGGUAUAAUAAUUAUGUAUGUAAGUAUAUGAUGUAGGUACAUUAGGUCUUUGCUAAAAGGAUGACUAUGGAGGGACCUAGUCUUCAACA